AUGGUCAGAAGUCACUUAACAACCGAAGAUAUUCGUCAAAAUGAAGUCAUUGAUUCCGCUAAAGCUGGACCGACUUCUUCUGCUAGUUUUUCAAACUUUUUACUGGAUUUGGCGCGAAAACACAGCACCACUCAACGUGAUUCCGGGAGUGCUGUAGAAAAUGAAAGCUGGAAAUAUUUCAGCACAGCAUGUCCUGAAGAUUUAGAGCCUUACGGUGGAGACGUUCUACAGUACUGCAAAGAUAGGAAAACUUGUGUGCCAUCACUGUAUACUCUUGCACGCUCAAUUUUAAAUAUACCAGCCACCAGCAUGCCGAGCGAGAUAGUAUUUCCCACAGCUGGACUCGUGAUAACCGCAAAACGUUCACGACUAAAUCCUUUGAGGCUAAAUAGGAUAGUAUUUAUCCAUGACAAUUAUGUAUUUUGCAAAGAAUCCUUAAAGGAAUAG